UCUAUUCUUCAAAACGUUUCCGGGGAUGAAUAUCCACCGCGCUUUUAAAUUCCGGCCUGACGGGAUGUCCGUUUGAGAGCUGGUUUUGUUACUUCUCGAUUCGAUUCAAACUACUGAUCGUCUUCUUGAUUCUUUUCAACAUCUCUGUACAAAUGAGACAACUCUCGAGCAUUUUGUUAUCAAUCCAGCGAACACCUGGUUAUCUUUUACAAUCACACACACUCUUCAACCACGAAAGACUUCUCUCUUUCACGGGCAGUGAUAGUGGGAAACUAUAUAUUGCUAUGUGUUAGGUAUUUCUGACAUAAUGCUAUCAGUGCCCUGACAUUGUUUCAAGUCACCUUUGAGAUAUCGUGCAGCAUUUCGCGAAAAUACAUCGUUUUUCUUAACUUCGCCAUGAGCAGCCUGCAAUUCCCAGCUUGGGCAGAACAGUCUUCUCUGUUCAAAUUACCUUGCACAGAUACGGAACCCUACAAUCAAGCGUCUAAUACGGAAACCCCAUUGCCUCAUCUGCCAGGAAAUGACACAGAACGGGCUGGCUCGAAGAAGAUGGCCAUCCCAAGGCUUGCCGAGGGACCGGAGUCUGCUUUUCCGUCUCCGGGUAGGUUUCAUCGUCGACACGUUCGCCGGGCCUGCGAAUCCUGCAGACAAAGAAAAACCAAGUGUACUGGCGAUAAGUCUGGCUGUCGCAAUUGUCGCGAAGCUGGGAUAAUAUGUUGCUACACGGAUGGUAAAAGAGAAAAAUCGAAAAGACAGCUGGCCAGCUUGUCAGCCAAAGUACAAGCAUACGAAGAUGUAAUAAAAAAAUUGAGCAGUCGGUUUGGUGUCUCAGAUGAACAAUUAAUGAGCAUGGCCUUGAUGGUGGAAGCUUCCUCUGACCUAACGUUGUUCCCUGAUGGGGGAUCUGUUACAUCUGGGGAUCUUAUAGCCCCUUGGAAUCCUGGCUCUGGGCAGCCUUCUUCUCGAUCUUCUUCUGUUGGGCCUUUCGAAGCCGUCGACCAGACGGAAGAGGAUUUCAAUAGGGACGAGACGGCGCGUGCCACGGGAUUUAUUGGCAAGAGCUCAGAGAUCGCUUGGCUACAAAAACUAAGUAGAGAAAUCAAUCAAAAGUACGAUGUUUGGCCAUCAAGUGCUUCCGAUAUAACCGAUACCGGUGGACUACCCUCCCCAACUUUGACGCCUAGAGCCGAGGGACAGACCGACCCUUGUGUCGUUUCUUCGAAUUACUAUCUCGAUGACCUGGAAAUACCUGCCCCCGAGCAACUUGAUGCCCAUGACGUCCCGUCGAGAGAUACUGCCACUAAACUCUUCAAUGCGUAUCUUACCUCGGUGCACCCCUCUUUUCCUAUUAUAGGCAUCUCGACUUUUAUUUCGCAGUUCCAGGUUUUCUUUAAUCAGCCAUCUUUAAAGCCAGGAAACAAGUGGCUCGCGAUACUGAAUUUGAUUUUUGCGGUUGGUGCGAAAUAUUCUCACCUUACUGAUGCGGAAUGGAGAGGUGAUGAAGAUGAUCAUUAUUUAUAUUUUUCUCGAGCAAGAGCUUUGAGUCUUGAUGACCAGCUUCUCCAUCACCCAGACCUGCAACAGCUCCAGGUCGAAGGACUUGCCUCUUUCUAUCUACUAGCAUUGGGCCACAUCAAUCGGUCUUGGAUACUACUUGGAGGUGCUAUCCGCGGGGCCUUAGCUCUUGGAUUGCAUCUACGUAAUGUGGGAACAUGCACUUCUGAUACCUCAAAAGAGAUAAGGUAUCGAGUUUGGUGGUCCUUAUACACCAUAGAGUACCUUCUCAGUGUGGUAACGGGAAGACCCUCCUGUAUCAUCGACAGUGCCUGCUCAACACCUCUUCCAGUUCCAUUCGACGAAAGUGACUUCCAAAAAGAAGAGGUAGCCCGCCAAAUCAGUGAUGCGGCAAGGGGGAGCUCUAGUCAGCUGGAAAGAAUCACUGUUUCCAGCACAUGCAGCCUAAACUCUUCUGCGGAAUCUGAUUCCAACGAUACAGCCACCAACCCGAAAGAUACGGAUACCAACAAGGCCGAGUAUCUGAAGGGCCUCCCGCCUUGCAUGUCGCUAUACUUUCUUCAACUGACCAAGCUCAUCUCGAUUUCUAAGCGAAUGACAAUCAAGCUUUAUAGUCCAGAGGCCGCCCACUCGCCUUGGCCCAGCACUGAGUUUACAAUUCAGAGCUUAGUUCUUGAACUUGAUUCAUGGUUCAUGAAUCUUCCCACUCCCUAUGAUUUCACAUCGACACAGACAUCACAGUGUCCCAUGAGCCAAAGGAUGAGCCUUGCAUUCCUAUUCUACAGCACCAAAAUCGGAAUUACAAGGCCGUGUCUUUGCCGGUUAGACAUGAUGCAACAAGGUGAUAGGGAAUACGAUUCUUGUAGUAAGACAGCAGCGGAGUGUGUCGAAUCAGCGUGCCACAUGUUGACACUCUUUCCCGACUCCUCUGAUGCCGCACUUCUUCACAGAAUCUCGCCAUGGUGGUGUAUACUUCAUUUCCUUAUGCAGGCAACUACGGUUCUUCUCCUCGAGCUUGCUUUCCGCACUCAACAUGUCCCUGAGAAAUCAAAUAUGGUUUCGAAGGCAGCCAAAAAAGCCCUGGAAUGGUUAUCCACCAUUUCCCAAUCGAAUAUGGCCUCAGAAAGGGCCUGGAAACUGUGUGAUGGUUUUAUGCGUCGUCUUGCAUCCCAUGUUGGGGUCGAUAUCAGUGAAUUUACAUGCAGCAGUGAGGCAACUACCGAAGCUUCACCCGAUGAUCAGUUUGAUGCUGCUACUGCUGCAAAUGCUGCAACAGCCGAUGUUUUGGCUGCCGAGCUUGAUUCAAUCAUAUGUUCGCCAAUGGAUCAAUCUAACACCCCUCUUGCCGCCCCGGUGUCAUAUACCCUUGAACCGUCCGAUGUACUAGAUAUCAUGAAGACCGAAAAACCACUCGCUGUCCGUGAAAGCUAUGAUGAUUGCCUCCCAUAUGAUCCAACUACUGGGCAGAUAACAGGGUCUUUUUUUCCCGAGGCAUCAAACCUUGACUUAGACCUGGGGUAUGUCUGGAACGAUCCGAUAUGCUGAAUUUAUUUCCAUUUACGGUAUUUCGCUGUCAAAAAAGUCGAGGACGCGAGCAUAAUCGCGUACACAAUGAGUUGUUGCCAUGGUUCUUAUUGAAAUAGACUGGUAUCCAUCAGUCUAUCUCUUGGGGCCUUC